AUGGAUGAUGCCACGCUGCAGUCUCACGUUGUGGAGACGCUGAUUCAGCUGGAGGCCACGAUCGCUGCACCCAAUGCCCUGGUGCAGUUUCAUGUGCCGAAGAAAUUGUCGGAGAACCUGGAAGGGGAUACCAUCACCUUCCUGAUGGGGGUAGGUCUUCGGGACCCCAUGGCAUCCCAAGCAUGGGGUAUGAUGACGAAUCUUUGCGGUCUCAGCGGCGGGCGCCUCAUCGGCCUCAGGAUUCGCCCUGCUCGGACGGACAGGCAGCCGAUUGCGAAAGUUCUUGCCGAGAAGUUUCCCCCACAGCCGAAGGGCAAGAACAAGGUGCAUGGAACUGAUC